AUGCCGGCGCUGCCUACCACAGGAACGGCUACAACAACGCUCAAGGCAACGACUACUACAAAUCCGGUGCUGCUGCUGACAAGAACAACGCCUACAGAUCCAACACCGAUGCUGCUGCAUCCGACAGACACGGAUACGACCACGCCGGUGCUGAUGCUGCCAACCUUUACAAUACUCGAAGCUGCUGCCGCCGACAGUGCCAACUCUGCCUACGCCAAGGACAACUACAGACGCAAUUACAACGACGCUGCCAAGAAACAUCAUCUGGUCAAGAAGUUCCACCACCGGAACAACGCCGGCGGUAACAACUACGAACGCCUCAACUACAACAGGAAGGACUACAAGGAUAACUUUGCCCAGAACGCUAACGCUGCCAACUCUAAUGCCAACAACUACGCUCAGAGGUAUUACAACGAUGCCGCCAACGCAGCAGCCCACAACAACGACAAAUACGCCGCCAACAACGCUGAUAACGCCUACAAAUACAAUGACGUCGCUCAGGCCGCCAACGGCAACGCUGCUAAGAAAUUGAACUACUACAGCCAGGACGCUGCUAAAGCUGCCGGAGACAGCAACAAUGCCGCUGCUUCUAAAUACAACGACUACAACAAAGCUGCUGGUGCCCGUGCCAACGUCCUCAACAACUACGCCCACGACAACUAUGGCUCCAAUGCCCGUGCCCAUUCUAACGGUCAUGGCGCUGCUACCAACCACGCCGCCACCACUCAACACGGAACCCCUACAACAACGGCUUUCGUGUUGGUCAAGGAGUUGGUAUCGGUAAUGGAGUUGGUGUCGGACAAGGAGUUGGUAUCGGUCAUGGAGUUGGUGUUGGACAUGGCGUUGGUAUCGGUCAUGGAGUUGGUGUCGGAAGGGAGUCGGAGGGUUCGGAGUAGGAAAUGGCGUCGCCGGCGUUGGAUUCGGCCGUGGCCUUGCUGGAGGUUUCGGAGGCGCUAA